UAGAGAAAAAAGUACCUCCAUCAAGUACACAUGCUGUCCAUGCCGAAAAAUCACCAAUUGAUUCACAUGACCUGGACCAAAUUAAAUGUAUGAAGUGCUUGAUAUGUGCCGCCUAGUUUGACGGAUAAGUUGACAGAAAAAAAAAAUUCAACGCCGAGAACCGUAGGCCAUUUGUCCACAGUGACAUCCACACAGCCACAAAGGGCGGGUAUGAGACUGUGUGCUGGUAUUUAACCGCGGAUCGCCAGACUGGAACUUCCCUCGGUGUACUUCAAGGAGACAGCGGCGUGCCCAAUAGCCUUAUUCAACACUCACUCUGCUGGUUCUUUAUGAACACAACACAGUGGAAACGGCAGCGCCUGCUGUCUUCUUCUCCUAGUCAUCCGCUUCAACUUCGUGAACACCAGUAUAGUUUUCCACAGUGCAGGAUAAUGGACUCAUUUCCUCUUCCCUACCUUAUACCGAGAGUGACGCUGUUAUAGUUUGGUUGGUGUUCAGGAUUUGAUUUCCAGGAUCGGGCUGACUCGCUGUCCGCAGUUUCACCUUUUCUUUGUGGUUUUACUUUAACUGAACUAACUGUGAGAAAGCACUUUUGGGCUCUGAGAUGGGACUGUUUAUAAAUCUUCUGCAGUACUCGUUCCUCUCGAGUUUUGUGUGCUACGCCGUGGUUUUCGUUGAGGAGUCCUCUGGAGGCAGGUCGGACGGAUACUGCGGGCGGAUCCUUCGGGCGCAGACUCAGGGAACCAGAAGGGAUGGCCACCAUGAAUUUAGGCUCAGAGUGGAAGGCGACCCGGAAACCUACCAGCCUGGUCACAAGUACAGAGUGCUCCUCCUGGCAACCAGCCCUGCUUAUUUUAGAGGCUUCACCCUCAUCGCAUUAAAGGAGGGCCGAGAGGGCAUCACAGAUGAUGACUACACAGGCCAAUUCCAGAUCAUUGAUGAAGAGGACACACAAUUCAUGACUAACUGUGCUCCUGCAGUGACAGAGAGUACACCUCGUAGACGUACAAGAAUACAGGUGUUUUGGACAGCACCAUCUACUGGAUCUGGCUGUGUCAUACUAAAGGCGAGCAUUGUCCAGAAGAGAAUCAUUUAUUUCCAGGAAGAAGGCUCCCUCACUAUUCGACUGUGUGAAAAAGAGCGCAUUUUUGAGGAGGGCACAGGAGCUCCAGCUAUGGAAUGCUGUGCUUGUGGAACAGCCAAGUAUAGGCUCACCUUCUAUGGCAACUGGUCUGAGAAAGUACAUCCAAAGGACUUCCCAAGAAGAGCCAACCACUGGUCAGCUCUGAUUGGUGCAUCUCACUCUAGAGGUUACGUGCUAUGGGAAUACGGUGGCUAUGCAAGUGAGGGUGUCCGUCAGGUUGCCGAGUUUGGCUCCCCUAUUAAGAUGGAGGAAGAGAUUCGACAGAGGGGAGAUGAAGUACUGACUGUCAUUAAGACUAAGGCUCAGUGGCCAGCAUGGCAGCCCCUCAACCUGCGAGCACCACCAUCGGCAGAGUUUUCUGUGGACAAGACCCGUCACCUGAUGUCAUUUCUUACCAUGCUUGGGCCAAGUCCAGAUUGGAAUGUGGGGCUGUCAGGAGAGGACCUCUGUACCAAGGAGUGUGGCUGGGUGCAGAGGCUUGUGACAGACCUCAUCCCCUGGGAUGCAGGCACUGACAACGGUGUCACUUAUGAGUCGCCAAACAGGCCCAUCAUUCCUCAGGAGAAGAUUCGCCCUCUGACCAGUUUGGACCACCCUCAGAGCCCAUUCUUUGACCCUGAGGGUGGGGCAAUUACCCCUGUGGCCAGAGUAGUUUUGGAACGCAUUGCAAGAAAGGGAGAGCAGUGCAAUAAGGUGCCAGACUCAAUUGAUGACAUUGUUGCUGAUAUUGGACAGGAAGGGAAUGAAGAAGAUGACACACCAGAGACAUGUAUCUACUCAGCUUGGUCCCCCUGGUCAGUUUGUAGCAGUGCCACAUGUGAAAAAGGACGCAGGAUGAGGCAGAGGAUGCUAAAGGCCCAACUUGACCUCAGUGUACCAUGUCCACACACUCAAGAUUUUCAGCCCUGCAUGGGACCAGGAUGCAGUACAGAAGAGCCAUCGGCGUGUAUGAUGUCAGAGUGGAUCAGCUGGUCAUCCUGCAGUGUGUCCUGUGGGAUGGGGAUGAGAUCUCGGGAGCGUUAUGUCAAACAAUAUCCUGAGGAUGGCUCACUUUGUCAGCUCAACACUGAGGAGACAGAGAAGUGUGUGGUUAAUGAUGAAUGCUCACCCAGUAGCUGUGUGGUGACUGAGUGGGGCGAGUGGGAACCCUGCAGUGUCACCUGUGGGUUGGGUAUGAGGAGGCGUGAGCGUAUGGUGAAAAUGCCACCUAUAGACGGAUCAAUGUGUAAGACAGAGGUGGCUGAAGUGGAGAAAUGCAUGAUGCCAGAAUGCCAUACCAUUCCUUGCAUGCUGUCGCCCUGGUCUGACUGGAGUGCAUGUAGUGUGACCUGUGGACGAGGCAUACGAACACGUCAGAGGAUGAUGAAGUCUGAUCCUGCCAAGUGCAACGAGGAGCUAGAGCAAAUAGAGAAGUGCAUGCUACCUGAGUGCCCUAUUGACUGCAUGGUAUCUGAGUGGUCUGAGUGGUCAGAAUGCAACAAGUCCUGUGGAAAAGGACACGCCAUCCGGACACGUAUGGUCAAACUGGAGCCCCAGUUUGGUGGUAAUGCUUGUCCAGAGACAGUCCAAAGGAAGAAAUGCAAGAUCAGGAAGUGCCGAACAAAAAUAAGGGAAGAGAAAGGAGGAGGAGAAGGAAAGAGAAGGAGAAGUGGUAAACGGGGAAGAGAUGAAGCUGUUGAGGAUCAGCUAGGUUGUAGACUACAGCCAUGGACAAGCUGGACAGACUGCACCAAACCAUGUGGAGGAGGAAUCCAGGAACGCUUCAUGAUGGUGAAGAAAAGAGGUAAAGGUACAUUGAUGGCAAGCUGCAAUGACCGAAAGGAGAUCCGUGCCUGUAAUGUGUAUCCCUGCUAGUUGCACUUCUGAGUAAAGAGAGGAGUAGAGGUUAAGUUUCUGUGUCCAAUGAAAGGCUUAUUUGAGGAUUUUUUUGAUAAUAAAACAGACUACUGAAACAUUGCUGUCUAGCAUGUUUGCAUAUUUUGUCUGUGUUUUUUGUCAUCCUUGGGGCUUCAAAGAGAGUGUUGAUUUAACUCCCCAUACUCUCCUUUCACAAGAAUCUGCAUUUAUUUUCUGAGAAUGAAAUACCCGCUGCCACCUGGGAUGUGACUUCUUUUUCUGGUUGUGCUGAAGAAAAAAUUGAAUAAAUGUUUAAUUAUAUCAAGAUAAGUCUUUGUAUGCCCUCCUGCUGUUUUUCAUCAUUAUUUACACCAUGCAAAGAUCUGCCUUUUAAAUACCAUCUCUGCAAUUAGGUCACUUAUUCAAGUGGACAAAUUUUCGACACCCUGCUACACAGUGGACAAAAUAACCAGCAGUCAGACUAACUUUCUCUGUCACACAAGCUAAAAGCUCCAAGUUAAAGAUUGGCUUGCAGAUAUAAAUAUUAUAACCCCCUUUUGCUUUUGUAGGUUUAAUAUUAGAAAACAUUACAUUUGGAACUAUAGACUUUCACAUGGCACAGGGACCCUGUGAAAAAAACCUUGGUAUACACGUAAAAUUGCCACUACUAGUAUUAAAAACCACUCUUUCUUAUAAAAUAGAAUAAAUGUUUUAUCCUAUUAAGAUUAGCAUUUGUUGUACCUUCCUGUUUUUUGUUUUAGUGUUUCACUGUCAGAUGUGUUGCACAUGUACUGUGCAGCACUGGUGUGCAGAUGUGUAGUGACAAAGGUUCUAUGGAAAACUUUCCAGAUGUGUCUAUGGCAUAAGAGUUGUUGGACAGCACAACUAACAGUUGUCACUUACUGGAAAACUGUCACAGUACACUUUUUCCACAUAUUUUUACUGUGCUUGUUUUUGCCUUGUGAUUGAAGAGGGAUAUUUUUUGUUACUCAGCAGAUGUUUCAGUUAUUUCUGGUAUGAUUUGUUCAAAGAAGUUUUACUUUAAUCUGUUUUUAUUUUAUUGCCUCUAUUUUACUGUUUUCUAAGAAAUUAUGCUUCCAUU